CCAACUGACAUGGAAGCCUCCAUGCGCACAUCUACACUGUAACGGCUGUCACCUCGGUCCUUUCCUCUGUUUUGUCUCCGUGUUUCUGGGGAUAUGAGGUAUUUACUCCGUCUCGGGCACUCGUUCGCCCGCCUCCACGUCCGCUUGUGUCACCAGAGUGUUUACAGCAACCAUGCGAACCCACAAAGACUGGUCGUGGACCUUGGGGAGAAGAAACUUGAGAUCUCUUCGGGGAGGUUUGCUAGAUUUGCCGAUGGAUCUGCGGUGGUACAGCUGGGAGAUACCUCUGUGAUGGUGACGGCUGUGAGCAAAACCAAACCUUCUCCGUCGCAGUUCAUGCCUCUUGUGGUGGACUACAGACAGAAGGCAGCUGCUGCGGGGCGAAUCCCCACCAACUAUUUGAGGCGAGAGAUGGGCACCACUGACAACGAGAUCCUCACCAGCAGACUCAUAGACAGGGCGAUCAGACCGCUGUUUCCUCAAGGCUACUUUUACGAUACUCAGGUCCUUUGUAACCUGCUGGCAGUUGACGGUGUCAAUGAUCCAGAUGUGCUGGCUAUAAAUGCAGCUUCUGCUGCUCUGUCCCUGUCCGACAUCCCGUGGCACGGACCCAUAGGUGCUGUGCGGGUGGGCAUGGUGGACGGACAGAUGCUGAUCAACCCCACCAGGGCAGAGAUGACGUCCAGCAGUCUGAACCUCAUUGUGGCAGGAGCUCCCAGCAGUCAAGUGGUGAUGAUUGAGGCGUCAGCGGAGAACGUUCUGCAGCAGGACUUUUGCCAUGCGGUGAAGGUGGGAGUCAAACACACCCAGCAGAUCAUACUGGCCAUCCAGCAGCUGGCGCGAGAACAGAAGAUCACCAAGCGCACCCCGGUCAGGAUCUUCUCCGCCCCGACUGACAUGGUGGAGCACGUUCGGCAAUUGGCCUCUAAGAAGAUCUAUGCGGUUUUCACCGAUUACGCUCACGAUAAGAUUUCAAGAGACGAGGCAAUCAACAAAGUCCGACUAGAAGCCGAAGAGGAGCUAAAAGAAAGGUUCCCUCAGGCGGAGCACUUUGAAAUCAUUGAAUCCUUCAACACUGUGAGCAAAGAAGUCUUCCGCAAUUUAGUUUUAAAUGAGUUCAAGAGAUGUGAUGGGAGGGAGCUGACUGCUUUGAGGAACAUUUCCUGCGACGUGGACCUCUUUAAACCGCUGCAUGGCUCAGCUCUGUUCCAGAGAGGACAAACGCAGGUCCUUAGCAGUGUCACAUUUGACUCACUGGAAUCCAGUGUCAAAGCAGAUAUUAUCACCACAGCUUUGAGCGGCGUCAAAUCCAAAAACUUUAUGCUUCAUUAUGAGUUCCCUCCGUAUGCAACCAAUGAGAUUGGAAAGAUGGGAGGCAUCAACAGGAGGGAGCUGGGACAUGGGGCUCUGGCUGAGAAAGCUCUGAGACCCAUCAUUCCUAAAGACUUCCCUUUCACUAUCCGGGUCACGGCCGAGGUGCUGGAGUCAAACGGAUCUUCCUCAAUGGCUUCAGCGUGCGGAGGAAGCCUCGCUCUAAUGGAUGCAGGUGUUCCCAUCUCUUCGGCUGUGGCAGGUGUAGCAAUCGGCCUCAUCUCCAAGGCCAACCCGGAGAAACCCGCUGACAUCCUAGACUACAGAUUACUCACUGAUAUUCUGGGAAUAGAGGAUUACCUUGGAGACAUGGACUUCAAAUUGGCAGGAACAAACAAAGGCAUCACUGCUUUACAGGCCGACGUGAAGAUCCCAGGUCUGCCUCUCAAAGUGGUCAUGGAGGCUAUCCAACAGGCCACAGUUGCAAAGAAGGAGAUCUUGGCCAUCAUGAACAAAUGUACAGCAAAACCUCGAGAGACGAGGAAAGAGAACGGACCUGUUGUGGAAAAUGUCCGGGUGCCCGUUUCCAGACGAGCUCGCUUCGUCGGUCCGGGCGGCUACAACCUCCGCAGGUUACAAGCUCAAACAGGUGUGACGAUAAGUCAGGUGGACGAGGAGACUUUCUCCGUGUUCGCUCCGACACCCGGAGCCAUGAGCGAAGCCCAAGACUUCAUCGGGGAAAUCUGCAAAGACGACCAGGAGCAGCAGCUGGAGUUUGGUGCCAUCUACUCGGCCACCAUCGUUGAGAUCAGGGACAUUGGUGUGAUGGUGAAACUUUAUCCCAACAUGAGCGCUGUUCUGCUGCACAACUCCCAGCUGGACCACAAACGGAUCCGACAUCCAAGUGCUCUGGGUUUAGAGGUGGGACAGCAGAUACAGGUCAAGUACUUCGGACGGGACCCGACAGACGGCAGGAUGAGAAUUUCGCGGAAGGUGCUUCAGUCCCCUGCUGCAUCUGUUAUCAAAACGCUGAGUGAGAAACAGAGCAUCUCCAUGGGCGCAGGCGACGGCCAGGGGACGACCCCCGAUUUGUGACCCCGCCAACACGACAGGCUGACUCUGUGCAGUUCUAACAAAGUGGAUUGAAUAAGGCUGCAUUCUGCCACAAAGCACUUCUGCUGAGAAAUCAUGCAAAACAAGAGACGGGUUUCCCCUGCUGUGGUGGUAUUGAUGUGACUGGAAGGAACCGCCGCUGAUCCAACGCGACGUCCUGCCGUCAUCAGUGGAUAUCCACCGACUGGAAAGAACGCUGAGCAGGAGACAAGUUUUAUUUUGAAGUUUACCCGUUUUUUUUACCUCAGUUAUAAUUGACGAUAUCAAGCAGUUUCCACCGUGCAAUGUAUCUAUGGUCACCUAAUUUGUGUGUGUCAGUGUUCAUACAAGUCCUCUAAGCUUCCGGGGCCAUGAUAUAAAACACGAUGUAGAGUUUUAAAAACAAAAUUCUCUUUACUAAAGGUUUGAUUUGGAGUAUUUGUGAGUGAUCUGCAAAUGAGAAAAGUACUGGUUGCUUUGCAUUGUUAAAAUUCACAACAAUGAAGCCCAACGUUGAGAUGUUGACAAAGAAAUAUGCAUAAUUACCAGAGGGUGUACAAGUAUUGGGAAAUUCUCAUGUCAAGAGAGGCGGUGUCUGGAUCUGGUGCCCCACACGCUGAAUUUGUAGUCAAACCUAAUUUGUGACUGAUAAUAUUCACCAAAUCAAUAUAUAAUCACCAUUGGGUGAAUAAUUUUAUACAAUUAAUGAAGCUAGUUUAAUGCAUUUGUUCACCGAACGUGGCCAGUUGUAUAAGACAUGUCUCACCUUGAAUGGAGGAAUUACAGCACUUACUGCAGCAUUCGGGGUGUUAAUAAACUGAGGUGUAUUAAAAUCGUGUGUCUGUUUAAGAGCUCUCUUGUCCAAGAUGUUCGAAAACUUCUCUUACAAAUAGUAAAUGAGUUCUGUGAGUCAUUGGUUUUUAUUGUGA